CUGUAACGAUCAUAAUGUAGAGAUGAAAAAAGUUUGUUGAGCAUAUGGUUGUGUUCUUUUUUUUUUUUUUUUUUUUGGUAGAUUCUCUUUUUUUUCUGAUUUUGUUUGCGCGAUCGAGUUUGAUAAUCAGUUUGAUAUUUUCCAUGAUGAUUUUAUAAUCUGGGUAUUUGAAAAAGUUUGGAUUUUUCUAAGGUUCAUUCUUUGCAAAAUUGGUUGACGAUUGCAACCUCUGUUCUGGGUUUUGAAUGGUAGAGGUUGGUUUUGCUGUUUUGGUUAAUUUUGAUCGGUUUAUUCUCUCCUCUAUGGGUUAUAAUGGGUUUACAUGAACAGGAACUUCUCUUCGAUAAAAAAAAAUCUUUCCUUUUUUGGGUGUCUUUUGGGGGUUGGAAUAUCCAUUCCAGGAAGGCUAGUAUUCUUCUCCCGAAAGUUCCUUGUUUUGGUUUCUUGUUUUUUAUCUAUGUUUGAUACUGUUUUUCCAACUCUGGGUUUCUUUAUUUGGUCCCCCCCUCCAUUUCUUUGACCUCAAUCGGUGUGUUUAUUGCUCUGCUUGAGUUGUGUUACAAUGAUGGGGUCCUGAAUUCCUCUGGGUUUGGUUCUCUUACUUAGUUGUGAAUCUUUUUCUUUCAUCUUAAAGAGUAAUUUCUGAUGGGUUCUACUCAAACUGCGAAACCAUCGCUUUUGAUCGUCCCUUCUGAUGUUUCUGACAUUAGUCACUGUGACAAAAAAAUAAAAUGGACCAAAAAUUUGUUCUUGCAUUCUUCUUUUGUACUUGCUGUGAAUUUAUAUAGGGAUAUGUUUUUUUUUUUUUAUUUGUAGGUUUGAGAGUUGAAGUUUGUUGAUCGCUAUAAUAGUUUCAAGCAAUUUAGAACCUCUCUUUUGCCAAGUUUUGGGCACUGCCAAAGUUUGCAGUGCCCAUGGAUGGCACAGCGAGCGGAACCCCAACAAUACAAUACCAUAACAUUCCUGACCAGCCAAUUACCACCAUUGUCGCCACUCCUGUCCCGGCAUUCGGACGACGGCAACGCCAUUGCUUCGGGGAUUCCAGCCCUGGAGAAUUCCCUUUAGCUGCUAACCCUUCCAUUGUCCUCCAUGUCCUUACCGCUUGUAAUUUGGAUCCUCAAGACCUUGCAAGACUCGAGGCAACAUGUUCCUUCUUUAGGCAGCCUGCGCAUUAUGCUCCUGACUUUGAACUAUCCAUAUCGGAGCUUGCUGCUUUGGACAUGUGCCAGAAGAAGGCUUUGUUUAAGACAAUGACGAAUGAUGAACGUCAAGAUUUGAAGCAAAGAUGUGGGGGUUCAUGGAAACUGGUCCUGAAGUUUUUGUUGGCUGGAGAAGUAUGUAUCAGAAGAGAUAAACCGAAGGCGAUAGCAGGGCCAGGCCACAGUAUUGCUGUGACUUCCAAAGGAGCUGUUUACACAUUUGGCUCUAAUAGCUCAGGACAGCUUGGACAUGGUACCACCGAAGAAGAAUGGCGACCUCGGCCAAUCAGAUCUCUGCAAGGCAUUCGAAUUAUUCAAGCAGCUGCUGGACCUAGCAGGACGAUGCUGAUAAGUGAUGCUGGACAUGUUUAUGCCUUUGGCAAGGACUCCUUUGGAGAAACCGAGUAUGUGGUUCAAGGGGCUAAUGCAGUGACAACUCCGCGGUUGGUUGAAUCCUUGAAAGACAUAUUUGUGGUGCAAGUGGCAAUUGGAAAUUUCUUCACUGCUGUAUUGUCAAGAGAAGGCAGGGUAUAUACAUUUUCUUGGGGCAAAGAAGAAAAGCUUUGUCACCAUACGGAUUCAAAUGAUGUUUGUCCCCAACCUUUGUUGGGAGCUCUAGAAAACAUACCUGUGGUUCAAAUUGCUGCUGGAUACUGCUACCUUCUUGCUCUGGCUUGUGAACCUCAUGGCAUGCAAGUAUACUCUGUUGGGUGUGGCUUGGGUGGAAAACUUGGACAUGGUCCAAAAACUGAUGAAAAGCAACCCCGACGAAUCGAACAGUUUCAGCUUUUGAACCUUCAGCCGGUGGUGGUUGCUGCCGGUGCUUGGCAUGCUGCUGUGGUGGGUCGGGAUGGACGGGUGUGCACAUGGGGUUGGGGUCGUUACGGUUGCUUAGGCCAUGGUAACGAGGACUGUGAAUCAGUUCCAAAGGUUGUGGAGGCGUUGAGCAAUGUAAAAGCAGUCCAUGUUGCAACAGGGGAUUACACAACCUUUGUGGUGUCGGAAGAUGGUGAUGUCUACUCAUUUGGUUGUGGAGAAUCAGCUAGUCUUGGACAUCAUACCGUUGCUGCUGCAGAUGGACAGGGAAACAGAAAUGCAAAUGUGUUAACCCCAGAACUUGUGACAUCUCUAAAACAAGUUGAAGAGCGUGUGGUGCAGAUUAGCCUUACCAAUUCCAUAUACUGGAAUGCUCACACAUUUGCCCUAACCGAAUCAGGGAAGUUGUAUGCAUUUGGGGCAGGUGAUAAAGGGCAGCUAGGAAUAGAGCUUGUUGCUAACCAGACUGAAAGAGUUGAUCCAGAGAGGGUUGAUGUUGAUCUCAAAUAGCUGUUAUUCCCUUUCACCAAAUCUUAACACCGCCUUGAUCUUGAUUCACCUGGUGUUGAGAAUGCCAUGUCUAUUUUGUACAUAGAAAAACAAAACAAAACAAAACAAAACAAAAAAUAUUUGUGAAGGUUUUUAAGGGUAGGAAAUCAGGGGCCUAAAACGACUGCUAUAUGGAUGUUAAUAUCUUGGAAAAGAAAAAGGGUAAUGGGUUUCUGCUUAGGCUUCAAGUAGUUGUUAAGUCGAUACAAUGUGUCAAGGUUCACUUUCGUAACUUAUUUUCAAUCUUAAAUUGAAUUCAUAAUUUCA